AUGCACACGUACCAACAAAACUCCAUAAAAUUAAUCGCGGGGAACUCCCAUAUUCAAUUAUGUGAAAAAGUAGCUGCCAAAUUAGGCAUUGAUAUUGCCCGCGUGGGUGCAUUCCAAUACACAAAUACCGAAACAGCCGUGGCAAUUGGUGAAUCAGUUCGCGAUGAAGAUGUAUACAUUUUGCAAACUGGUUGUGGAGAAACCGAGAUCAAUGAUUUUGUAAUGGAAUUAUUAUUUAUGAUUAAUGCAUGUCGAAUUGCUAGUGCUAGACGAAUCACUGCUGUCAUCCCUAGUUUUCCCUAUGCUAGACAAGAUAAAAAAGAUAAAUCAAGAGCUCCAAUAACUGCCAAAUUGAUUGCUAAUUUGUUACAAACUGCUGGGUGUAACCAUGUUAUUACUAUGGAUUUACAUGCGAGUCAAAUACAAGGGUUUUUUAGCAUACCUGUGGAUAACUUGUAUGCCGAACCCAGUGUGUUGCGUUAUAUCAGAGAGAAAUAUAAUAAAGACGAUAUUAUUAUGGUGAGUCCUGAUGCUGGUGGUGCUAAGCGAGUUGCCAGUUUAGCCGACAAAUUAGAUAUUCAAUUUGCAUUGAUUCAUAAAGAACGUCAAAAAGCCAAUGAAAUUUCACGAAUGGUUUUAGUUGGUGACGUUACUGACAAGAUAUGUAUUCUUGUUGAUGACAUUGCUGAUACUUGUGGCACAUUAUGUAAAGCGGCUGAUGUGUUGUUGGAAAAUAAUGCACAAAAAGUUGUCUGUAUAGUUACUCAUGCCAUAUUGUCAAAAAAUGCCAUUGAGAAAUUAAACAACUCCAAAAUUGAUAAAUUGGUUUGUACAAAUUCGUUACCUAUUCAAGAUAAGUUGGCUAAAUGUCCCAAGAUGGAAACUUUGGAUAUUAGUGCUACGUUAGCUGAAGCUAUAAGAAGACUACAUAAUGGAGAAAGUGUUAGUUAUUUAUUUAAUCAUGUACCGGAAUAG